GUUCCUUCAAAUAUUUACUCGAUGCAAGUUGCAAGCGUACCUCUGAGAAUCUGAGUUCGGAUGGCCGAAUCACCGGGAAAUUAGUAUCCUGCGUUAUCUUCGAUUUGGACGGUACACUUCUUAACACAGGUCGGCUUUUCUUCCUUUUCUUCACUGGAGUUAUCUAUUCUGCGGCUAUUGGCCCCUCUUUUUUUUUUUUUUCUUUUUUUUGUUUUUCCUUCCUUUCAUUUUGGCGCUGUUUCUUAAGUCGUAAUUUAUUUUCAAGUUUACGGCCGAUGGUAUACUGAGUGAUGUGUUGAAGAAUUUCUUGGGUAAGUAUGGGAAAAAAUGGGACGGAAGAGAAGCUCAAAAAAUUGUGGGCAAGACAGCUUUUGAAGCUGCAGCUGUUAUUGUGGAAGAUUAUGGGCUUCCUGGUCGAAAUGAUGAAUUAUUGACUGAAAUCACUCCCAUAUUCUCUGCUCUGUAAGUACAUAAACUGCAGUAAAUUGAUGGGAUUGUGAAAUUGUGGAAUCCAAAGGUCUGAAUCCCUUGGAAAUAGAAAAGAUCAUCCUUUCUAUAUUCUUGAUCUUAGAUGUUGAAUUGAUUAGUUCUCGUAAAAGUUUUUUAAAUUCUUGCUUUUGAUUUCUGGUGUAUAAUUUGCAACAUUAAAGCCUUUCCAGGUUUGGAUCGAUUGCUUAAACAUUUGAGUGAUCAUGGUGUGCCCAUGGUUUUGGCAUCAAACUACUCCCUUAAGGCAAGCAAAUAGAAUACAAACUGUCAUAUCACGAAGGUAAGAUUUCUUAGCAACUUUUACUGACUUUCUAAGAUUUUAUUUCAGUUAUUUCUAAAUGGUUGCCCCAUGUUAGGGUGGAAGGAAUACUUCUCUGUCAUCAUUGGUGGUGAUGAAUUGACCGCGGGGAAGCCAUCUCUUGAAAUGAUUCUGGAAGCGGCUAAAAGGCUGAAUAUGGAACUUUUCAGCUGCCUGGUCAUUGUAGAUUCUGUUGUAUGGAGCCUAGUUUUAAUCUUUGAUGCUAAUGCUUCGGCUAUAUCAAGACUGGUGUUAUGGCUAGUAAGGCUGCUGGAACGAAGGUCGUAGCUGUGCCAUCUGUUCCAAGACAAAGUCAUCUUUUUACGGCAGCGGAUGAAGUUAUUGACUCUCUGCUUGAUUUGCGGCCUGAUUAGUGGGGCCUAACUCCAUUGGAUAGAGGGUACAUUACCAAUAGAACCUUGGUAUAUAGGGGGUCCUGUCCUUAAGGGAUUUGGUCGUGGCAAAAGACUACUUGGCAUCCCUACUGGUUUGUGAUGAAAAUUAUGAAUAAUUAGUCUAGAAUUGUUCUUAAUAUUGAGUUUUGAAUAAUGAAUGUAUCUGGAA